AUGUCCAGCUGCCAGGGUGGCAGGAAGCAGCCCCUGAAACAGCCCAAGAAGCAGACCAAGGAGAUGGACGAGGAAGAUAAGGCUUACCAAGCAGAAACAAAAAGAGGAGCAGAAGAGCUAGAGGAUCUGAAAGCAAAGGCUACGGGGAUGGGCCCCGGCCACAGGUGGAAUUAA